GGGGCGCAGCCGGGGCCGCCGCGCUCCGGGACGGGGCUGGUGGAGCGUCUGCCCCGUGCUUGGGGCUGCCGCUCGGGUGUUUUGCUUUCACCUCGUGAGCCCUCCGCUUUCAGCACUCGCGAUUUGUUUUCUGGCGCAGGGUUUGAAACCCGGACCCAGAAAUGAGGAAGGUUCUGUGCGUGGAGCCCGUCAUUUUCAUCUAUGUUUUUGCGUCUUUCCUGACGAUGCCGCUGGUGCAGCAGUUCAUCUACCGGCGGCUGUGGGAGCAGGAGUACAACUCCACUUUCGUGAGCGACAGCAAUGUCACUCACUGCGAGCAGAAUAAGAGCAGCCCGGCUUAUAUCAAACAGAAGGAAGUUCAAGAAAAAGCCUCUGUUUUUAAUAUGCAGUUGGACUUAACUAGGGCCAUUCCCAGCCUUACAGUUGCCUUUGUCAUUGUAGCUAAUGGGGAUCGCCAGGGACACAAAAGGUCUUUAGUUUUACCAUCAAUGGGAGCUUUGAUUUCUGGUAUUAGCUUCACUGUAAUAUCAUAUUUUUCGUUGUCACUCUAUGUCCUAUUUGCAGUCGCAUUUAUUACUGGACUGUUUGGGAGUUUAGCAACUUUCAUUGGAGGAGGAUUUGCUUACAUAGCAGAGGAGUGUCAUGAUGAGAAGCAGAAAACAACACGAAUAGCUGUAGUGGAUUUGAUUUUUGGAGUUGUAUCUGGAUUAGCAGGAUUGUCAUCUGGCUACUUUCUAAGAGAAAUAGGCUUUGCAUGGACAUUUGUGAUAGCAUCUCUGCUCCAUGUCAUUAAUAUCAUCUAUAUUGUAUUUUUUCUGGAAGAUACCGUAGGCGUAUCUCGACUCCAGCAUGAAGCACCAGUAUCCUGGAAAGAACUUCUUAGGGAGACAUUUUCCGGAGUGUACAUGCUUUUUAAAACUGCCCCUUAUAAAAAGAGAGUUUUAAUAAUUGUGUUACUUUUUGCAUUUAUGACUUAUUUAUUUACUAUGCUGGGUGGGAGUUCACUUUUUACACUGUAUGAACUCGAUGAGCCGCUCUGCUGGAAUGAAGUAUACAUUGGAUAUGGAGCAGCUGCAUUCACUUCUGUCUCGCUGACCAGCUUUUUAGGAGUUUACUUAUUUUCCAAAUGCCUCAAAGACAUUUAUAUUGUCUUUAUUGGGAUAUUUUCUUACAUUGGAGGAAUGAUCAUGGCUGCCUUUGCCAAAACUACCCUGCUCAUGUUUUUAGUGAGAGUGCCAUCUUUGUUCUGCUUUAUGCCUAUUCCUGUUCUCCGAUCCAUGCUGUCAAAAGUGGUUCUCACUGGUGAACAGGGUGCUGUGUUUGCUUGUAUUGCCUGUUUAGAAGUGGUGGCCGGCACUAUGUCCAUUUCAGUUUUUAAUAUUAUCUAUGCAACUACUGUUGCAUGGUUUUCAGGCUUUAGCUUCCUCCUAUCGGCAGGCCUUUGUCUAAUUCCACUGUCUGUCUUGUGUUGGCUUCUGUGCACAAGCUGGAAUGGGGAGGACUUGGCUCUGCUGGUACCUGAAGAAGUAUCCAGCAUAGAGAGUGCUGACAGUUGAACAAACGAUACCCAGGAUUUCUAAUCUGACGUGCAGUGGCAGAGAUUGUUAUGUCACACAGAAACCACAGAGAUAACACAACACAAUCUCCAACUGGCCCUGCAGCAAUAAGCACUAAAUUGGUACCACUCAAUACCCAGUCUCCUUUUAGCAACUGACUAAAGCUAGUUUUUAACUAUGGAAAUAGGCUGGCAAUUGAGAUUAAUGCUGCUUCAGCAUGAAGGAAAAAAUAAGGUAGGAUGAUACUUUUUUCACUUUCCCUUUCUCAAGUUUGAGAGUGCAACUCGUUGGGUGAGAGAGAUAAGCUUAGCAACCCAGAGGACGUUGCCAAUGCUGCUGAAGCCACUGCACAUGUGGUCUGCUGGGUUUAUCUUGAAAGGCCUGUCGUAACAGUGAAGCCCCCAAACUGUCUAAAAUUCCUAAACUAAAAAACAGUUUUUUUCAGAAAGCAGAUUGGCGGCAGUACUUACACCUGCCAUAAGUACACUUACUGUUCUGCAGCUAGCAGAGUGUUUGUGUAAGUUUAACAUAAGAUGUGUGGACCUUGCCUGUGACUUAGUUCUUGAAAUGGAUUUUCACACACAACUGUCAGGAAAUUUUCAUCUUGCAGAGUGUGAAGUUCAGCCUAAACCUACAUUUUACAGAGGCCAUAUUGCAUAUUUAUCAUUUUCCAUAUAUUAAGGACCGCAUACAGACAUCUCUGUUUUGUCCCAGAGAUACUUCUUGUUUUCUAGUGAAGUUGAUACUUGGCUUAAAUGUUUAUUUUAGUGAACAGCUGUGAUAGCAUUUCUUAUCUGUAGAUCUUUAUUUUUUUAACAACCCUGAAAUGAGAUGAUGAAAUCAGAAUCAUGAAUCUAAUCAUCUUGCCACAAAUGCAGCAUAAUUUAUAAGCACUUGAACAGCACUUCUAAUCUUCAAAGCACUUUAUAAAUGCUAUUCAAAACAUCCUUCCAUAAUAGAUACUAUCUGUUGCAUAAAGAGAAAUUAACAGAAAGGACAAGUGACAUGAGACUGCCAAGCCUAGGAAUCAGUUUCUGCACUGAUUCCUCACCUUUUCUCUUAAGAUCUUUAAGUAAAAGUUAUCCUGAGUAUUAGGUUCUGCAGAGCACAGCAGAAGUGUAAAUAUAACAUCAUGUUAAGGACCAGUCCCAAGAGUUUGACAGCCAAUACUGUUCUGAUCUCAGAGUUGUGUGUGACUCUUUUCCCCACAAAACAGAUAAUUUAGAAAAAGCAAAACAAUGUAAAGUGGAAGCCAUUUAGAGAAUGAAACCUCUAGGAAAGCAACUACAAUGACUUCACAUGCACACAGCAUAGGAUAAAAAUGCAGACAUAGCAUGUGCUGUAUAAUCAAUGAGCUACUUACAGCCACUGAUACCCAUCCUAUGAACAGAGACUCCUGCAAAACUUCUCAGUGGUACUCCUCCAAAAACCAGUAAUACCAAAUCAUGAGGAUACUUUCAUAGAUCCUUUAUAACGGAGUGACUGCAUUCUUUCCAAGAUAUGUAUCAUGAUCACAGAGAAGCCUGGAAGAAGGUUCAAGUAAGUUAAAGAAAACGCUUACAAUAUUCAGGAGACCACUGUCUGUUCAUCACAGGUGAAAACAGGGCCAUGUAUCCAGGCCAGAGGGAAUAUGCUAACACCUCUUACACUUCCGUCCUGAACUCACAAGACUGAUGUUGGCAAUUAAAGAUCAUUAGCUUUCUCUCAGUAGUUUAGACAAGAGCCAGAAAAUAAAACUGCCUAAUGCCUUUGAGGUGCCUAAGCUACUGCCAACUGUUGGAAACAUGAGCUGAGUUCUACAAUAACCAGUGGGUCCAAAACAUAAUGAGUACUUGUAGAGAGAUUAAAAAACACUGAUGUAAAGGAUUUCAGCACAAACAUUACAUUGUCUUCCUUGCCUCUUCAUUAUGCAGUUAUGUAAGGCUUUAUGAAAUUAACUAUUUCACACAAAACUGCCUGGAAAUAAAAAAGCAAAUGCAGAAGGGUCAUGUACCUUCACUUGUUCUUCUUCAGUGCACACCUCUUCUAGCACUCAGAAGCUUACAACAAAGCAAGCCACUUCCACAGUGGUGCUGCAUCAGUCCAACUGAGGACAAGCAUGUACACGUCAGGAAUGGCUUUGCUAUGAUUUAACUGCACAACGUAUGUGCUGUUUGUAAAGUAUUUCUGGUAGAUGGAGCAUUUAGAACUGACUAUAAAUUUAGGUUAAAACACAUGGAGGGUAUGAACUGUGUUUUUAAAAUGCCUUGCACAGUGCAAGCUGAGGAACCAAGUACUAAUAUGCAUCAGAUUAUUAAAGCAAAGUCUUCUAAGUUUGUAAUAAUUUCUUUGUGUAUAAAUACAAAUUAUUUUGACAUAAUAAUAAUAAAGUUUGGUUUUUUAAACUCUG